UUCCCCCACACGGCUUCCGUACAAGUUCGCGUGUGACUACAGAAGGUCAGUCAUGGCAGCCUGUGCGAAGGAGUUCGGCAAAUGUGUGUUUUCCCUGAGGUUACUGCGAAACCUCCAGCUCCAAAAUGAACGGUGCCUGUCCACGUCUGUGUGUCGUCUUGCCGAGGGGACCAACAGAGAGCAGCCACCAAAAUUCACCCCUCCAUCUAAACCUGUCAUUGUGGACAAAACAGCGACUGUGGAGUCCCAGCGAGAGUUUCUGAGCCCAGAGUUCAUCCCUCCCAGACAGAGGACGAAUCCCUUUAAGUUUUACAUUGAGAGGAAAGACAUGAUUCGCAGGAGGAAAGUGCUCAACAUCCCUGAAUUCUACGUAGGGAGCAUCCUGGCAGUGACCAUGGCCGACACGAAUGCCAGUGGGAAAACUAACCGCUUUGUUGGCAUCUGUAUCCAGAGGGGUGGGAAGGGGCUGGGAGCCACAUUUGUACUGAGGAACAUCAUUAAUAACCAAGGUGUGGAGAUCUGCUACGAGCUGUACAGCCCUCGUAUCCAGGGUAUUGAGAUACUGAAGCUGGAGAAGAGGCUGGAUGAUAACCUGAUGUACCUGAGAGACGCUUUGCCUGAGUACAGCACUGUGGACCCGGACAUGAAGCCUGUGGCCUUCGCCGCCACUGGAGAGGUGCCUGUCAACAAGCUGAAGGUAAAGAUGCGUCCAAAGCCGUGGUCCAAACGCUGGGAGCGACCCAAGUUCAACAUCCAAGGCAUACGCUUUGACCUGUCCCUGACUCCAGAGCAGAUGGAGCACGCCCAGAAGUGGGCACAGCCUUGGCUGGAGUUCGACAUGCUGAAGAAGUACGACAACUCUAGACUGGAGAAGGAGAUUCUCAGAGAGGUCAAGGAGGAGAUGGGCAAAUGAGGACAAUGCCUUCUAAAACAUUCUUCAGUUUUUACCAUCAACACAGACUUUUUCAGGAAUGGGAAAAAACUGAGCUAUGAGGUUUGCUUGGAAUUGGAACACUCUGCUGGACUGUGAUCGGUUUUAAGUUUAUCCAGAUGGCUCACUUCUGCAAUACCAGUUUAUAUAAGGAGGAGCCAAUAUGGAAACUGGUGUUGUACUCUGAGGAAUCAUGCUGCUUUCUUUUUGUCUUGUUAGUCUGCAGUAUAUGAGUUUUCAACAUCACUGGCGUUUUAGCACUCUGCAGAUCCAUUAAGUGGUUUCAAUAAUAAAAGAUGUUAAACCUUC